CAAUCAAGAUACAUUGUUCUUUCAUUAGUUUUAUCUGUGUCGCAUCACAUCCUUUGAAAAUGUCUUCACUUGAGUGCUUCAGAAUUGGAGAGCUAAAAUUGUUGCCUUCCACAUUUUGUUCAAGAUUUCAUGAUGAAGAGGUAGUCAAAAAGAUGCAGUAUAGACCACUUGGGGAAACUGGAAUAGAUGCCUCAAUUCUCAGCUUUGGGGCUUCAUCACUUGGAAGUGUGUUUCAUGCAACUGAUGACUCAGAGUCUGUUGAAGUUGUGCAUGAGGCAGUCAAGAGUGGUAUAAAUUACAUUGACACUGCACCUUGGUAUGGUCAUGGAAAGUCUGAGACUGUUCUGGGAAAGGCAUUGGAAGGUAUUCCCCGGGAAUGCUAUAUUGUGGCAACCAAGGUUGGUCGCUACUUGCCUCAGACAGAAAAAAUGUUUGACUUCAGUGCUGAGCGUACACUGCAGAGUGUUGAUGAAAGCCUUGCCAGGCUUGGGCUCACAUAUGUGGAUAUUAUACAGGUCCACGACAUGGAAUUUGCUGAAAAUCUUGAUAUCAUAAUUAACGAGACACUUCCUGCACUUCAGAAAGUGAAAGAUACAGGAAAGGCAAGAUUUAUCGGAAUCACUGGAUAUCCUUUAGAAAACUUCAGAACUGUUUUAGAGAAAACCAGAGUGAAAGUGGACGUCAUACUGACAUACUGUCAUGCAUCCAUGAAUGACAACUCACUUGCUGACUAUCUUCCAUAUUUCAAGAGUAAAGGUGUUGGUGUGGUGAAUGCGUCCCCAAUAAGCAUGGCUCUGUCGGAGCGGGGACCACCUGCCUGGCAUCCUGCCCAUGAAGACAUCAAAACUGCUUGUGCAGAAGCUUCCAAGUAUUGCAAGUCAAAGCAGACAGAUAUCUCUCGCCUUGCCAUGGCAUUCACCCUUCGUCAGGAAGAAAUACCCACCACUCUUGUUAGCACAGCAAGGUAUAAUAAUUUAAACAACCUUCGCAAGAACAUUGAAUCUGUUUAUAAACCACUGACAGCUGAGGAGAAUACUGUUCUAAAGGAAGUAAUGGACAAGUUUAUGACACCACUGUGCAACAAAAACUGGGAAGGUGUCGAAGUGGCUGAUUACAGAAAGCGUCUACAGGCUUUGGUUCAGUCUAGCUAGAGUUCUUGUCUGUGUUUUAUUGUAGUAUAAACAAAAACAUACUGAAUUUCCUUUCAAAAUAUUAAAUGUUUGAGAUUUAUAACGGCAUGUUUUUUAAACUUUGUUUUUAAGUUGUGGACUAUUUUUAACAAUAUUUCUUUCUAGGUUUGGGUAAGUAAUAUAUUAAUAUACAGUCCUUAAGUUUCAUUUGGGUAUAUUUUGAUUUAUUUCACUAAAGUGGGUAGAUAAAAAUCUGCUGAAUUUAUGGACCACUGGACAGUCUCACAAAUGCAUAUUUUGUGAUGAAAGAAAAUCUGGGUAUGUUUGACCAUUUGUGGUUUUGACUAAAAGUUUUAUUUUAGUGUUGCACAUGUAUUUCUGUGGUUAUAUUUACAUCCCAUGCAUGUGAAAGAAUAUGAAAGAAUGAGAAACAUUAUUUAUAUGGUAAGAAUAAAUGACAAAAAAAUGACUAUGAAACAAUUCAUCUUCUAGUUAGUACAUCACAUAAAUUAUAUAGCAAAAAUGCUAUAUAACAUUUAUUGACUGUAUUUUGUCAUAUUUUGCCUGAAGUUUGAACUAGUGGGAAGAUGUCUGAUUGAUAAUUCUGAUUAUUAUUGUGAAGUCUUUUGUUUUCUUCACAGUGAAGCUUACCAUAAGCAGUUGGGCUGCUUGAACACUUACUGCUGAUCCAUUCCUAUUUCUUAUCCAAGAAAUUCAGUAUUCCAUUCAAACACAUACAGUUUUGCUGUUUUUUGUUUUUGCUUUUGCUUUUGCUUUUUUUUUUUAAAGUGUUUUCCACCCACAAGAUUUCAGCUCAGCAGCAACAGCAAGGGUAAAAUCAAAAACAGGAGGCAUACUCACCAUUAUGAAUAACAUUUUUAACUUCACUCUCUGAGCACAAAACUGCUUUUAGAUGAAAUUCAUCAUAUUUCUAAAUGAUUUAUUUCAUCAUGGUUUUUGUUCUAAUGCAUGGAUGACUGGAAGAUAAACUGAAUAAAAAAUAUAUGUCUAACAAGUAAUAUUUUUGGCUGCAGACACUAUUAACAAAGCUAUCAGCAUCGAGCCGGUCUAUUCUGCAUUAAAUUCCAUCUAAUCCGUAAUCAGUAAAGAUACCUGUGAACAUUUGCCAUUAAGUUGUGAGGCAGACUCCUGUGGUUUCAAUAAACAGCAGUAUUUAAGUGUACAAAACACACUUACACGUAAACACCCACCCAUGAGCCAUUUCACUGAUUAAACCAAUCAGUUCAAUUCUUCUGUGACUGAGCAACAAAACAGAAUGUAUUUUUGGUUUUUCUUAAAUAAUUUAUUUUUUCAUUUAUAUAAUUAAGCAACUAUUCUGUCAUGCCUACAAAUUUACUGGGUAUUAUGAGUGUGGAUGGUUUUUCAUUCAUACCCUACUUGUGCUGAUUUAAGAUGCUGAAUAUUUACACUUUGUAUUGUAUAUUUUGCUUCAUUUAUAAUCAUUCCUUAGGUGCAGUCUUGACCUAUUGUUCCUUCGGCUUAUCCUUUUCUAUGCAAUGUGAUUUUUGGUAUGGUUUGCUCUUUUUUUAUUUUGAUGCAGCCUGGCUAAGGAAUUAGUCAUCUGUUUCCUGUGAUACUGUGAUAGUGUAUCAUGGUCUUCCAUGUCAUGUGGCAUUGGUUCUCAUCCAAGUCUCACCCAUUUAUGCUGUUGGUUCCAAUUUAUAUUGCUUUAUCUUGACUUUUCAGAAAUGUUAUCAUUUAGCAAAAUAAAUGUGAAAUUGAUAAGUAUUGUAAGCAAACUUAUUGUUGAUAUUUAAAGGUCAUACUUUGAAGGAACUAAUGUAAAUCCAGGUAAUGCCAGUAUUAAAGUUUGCAUGUGUUUGGAUUUCAUAUGCACAAUUCAGUCAUGGGGAUCGAGUUUACCAUUGUACCAGUUUACCAUUUCCUCUGCAAGGUAUGUGUACUUGAGAAAGUGCAUUUAUUUAUUGUUUUGUUGGGAGUCAAAAAUGAAAUAAAAGCUUUAACAAACUGA